AUGAGGAAUUCGGACGAUGAGAGGGGGAAGGGAGAGGAAGAUGAGUUCUACGAGUCGCUCGAUCGGAUUCUUUCCUCUUCCUGCUCCUCCACCUCUGCCUCGGCCUCCGCCUCCGAUGACGACGUCGAGCAUCAGGGUCACCACCGCCGCCACCGUCGCCGGCCGUGCGAGCGGCCUCAGAGGUUUGGGGGUUCAUCCAUGUACGACGUCUGGAUCUCGGAGCCCUCCUCUGUGGAGGAGCGGCGGCGGCGCCUCCUUUGGCAGAUGGGGCUUAUUAAUGAUCCCUCUCUAUCUAGGAAACAGACUGGCGGACACGAUCACGAAGGAGAUGGCGAGGAGAAGAUAGGUGAUGGUCGUGUCGACCCAGCAGGCGAUCAGGUGACUCUCCAGUCCGAUAUGGGGAGAUUAGCAUGCUGCGACGCGAUACACCAGGAACCGGAUCUCCAGCGGAAUUCACCGUCGUCGUCCAUCUCUCGCUCUAGACACGAUGGAGCUAUGGACCCCAACCCUUCGUCCAGUCAUCUUCAUGUGCAUAAACAGCAUCCAUCCCCGAAAGAACCUCCGACUGGCAAUUCUCCGUCUUCGGGAGCGGACACCAACGACAGCGAUGGGGAUUUAGAUGAUGGUCGCGAAGAUUGCUUCGAGAACGGCUACCGUCAUCGUGAGAAAUGCGAGUUGUGCUUCACUAUCAAGAACUUGAACAAUGGAGAUAAGUUUGUGGUAAAGGAGUUGAGAGAAGACGGGAUGUGGAAGAGGCUCAGAGAGGUGGGGACAGGACGGCAGCUGACCAUGGAGGAGUUUCAGUCAUCUGUCAUCGGCCAUUCCCCCAUUGUCCAGGAACUGAUGCGUCGGCAGAGUGUGGAAGAGGAAGGCGGCGAUUGUGGAAGCAGUGGCGGCGGUAAGAUGGACAUCACCUGCCCGAAUGGAGUAGGCCUCAUUGGCGAUCGCUGGAUGCGAAAGAAGAGUGGAAGCUUGCUGAGGACCAUGAAAAAUAUGGCGGGGACAGUCGUCCAACGUCUGGAGAGGCGGAGCAGUGACGAGAGGGAUUCAUCAUCUGAGAAAGGUGGGAGGAGGUCUAGUUCCGCCACAGAUGACAGCCAAGGCGCACAGUCACACCACGGCCCAGAGAGAAUCAAGGUUCGAAAAUAUGGUAAAUCCCUGAAAGAGCUUACAGGCCUUUACAUGAGCCAGGAGAUACAAGCACAUAAGGGCUCCAUUUGGAGCAUCAAAUUCAGUUUAGACGGACGGCAUCUUGCAAGCGCCGGGGAGGACAGUGUAAUUCGGGUUUGGCAAGUUACAGAGAAGAACAUGAAGGGAGGGUUGCUGUUUGAGAGAGAGAGAGUUUCGGCUGCAGAGGGUGGUAGUAAUUUUUCCGUUUUUGGUGACGGGUCUCCUGAACCUUUACUCUUUGACUUUAAACUGGGUAUGAUCAGAGUUGAUCGUGAACGAAGGUCAAAGGUGCCUAUUGUGAGGAAUUCUCUCAGUUUUGAACAGAUUGUGGUCCCAGAAUAUGUUUUUGCAUUAUCAGAGAAGCCGGUUUGUUCAUUCCAUGGUCACCUUGAGGAUGUCCUUGACCUUUCAUGGUCUAAAUCUGAGGUUGGUUUUCUGCGUGCAUUUUGCUCCCCAACUCGUUGAUUGCCUCUGGCUUCUCUUUAUUUGCUCUGGAAUCGUCUUACAAUUUUCCAACCAAAUGGGCACUCCUUGAGAUCAUUUAUGGCCUAUUUCCCUUGGUACAUUAUGAUACACAUUGCAUAGAGGUCGAUAACUUAAUCAUCUUUUUUUUUUCCUAAUAGUUUUAGAGAAUCUAAGUUAAAUGCACUAGAACUGUUGUCUGCAGACGGUGAUCAAUAGUUCACAAGUAGUGACGACCUAUUGUGAACUCUGAACCCUUGCCUUUUUUUUAUCAAAUUCGCUUCGUCCAAUCAGAGAAACGCUGUCCAUAGUUUGUUCAUAAUGCAUCUUUCCUUAAGGACGAAAUAUGUUUGCCGAUCAGGAAUGAUAUAUUCUGUUCCUCAUUGAUUGGCUGAACUUGACAGAUGAAAUAGAGUAUUUAUUAUUAUACAUGCCUCCUUACAAUCUCGAGGAGCAUGUGGAAAUGAAUUUCAUCUCGAUCACUGCAAAGCAUGUGCUACUAGUAUGUAAACUUCUUCUACACAGUUUGCAAAGCUCUUGGUCUAUUUGUCCGUUAGUAUGGCAAACACGGUAUUUGUAACUUUUCUAUUGACCAUUUGGCGAAUGGAAAAUAUAAAUUAUAGAAACACUUCCAUCUUCUCACGUUCACCGCGCCAUUAAAAAGUUACAAUAUCUUGCAUUAUCAGAAUAUGAGAGGACAAUGGAAACAUCGUGAUAUAAUGCCAAUACAUUGUUCUCAGAUUUUUUUGGAUUUUCUGUUGAACUUUGUUCCACUCUGUCAAUGAAGGCAUCAGAAUACCAUUCUAUCCCAUAUUUCCAGGAAUUACCUCAACCUUGACAAAAUUUCUUAUCCAGUAGAUAUCCUUACAUAGUCGACAUUUCUUCACCUGCAUGUAGAUACUUCUGGCUUCCAAUGUUGUAGUGGCAAACCAUGGUUGAAUCAAGGGAACAAUAUGGAGGCACACCCUUUUGACAUUGAGGGCAUUUUCCUUUCCCAACACUACAGAGAGCUUCAUUCAAGAGGCUUCUACCCAAUCACUGUACCUCUGGAAAAAUCUUAGUGUUGUCCAUUCGAUAAGCUUGCCUUUGAAAAACAACCAGAGGAGCACUUCAUGACAUCAAACUAUGCUGAAAGUUCCAUGAUGAUCUUUUUGUCUGCAGUUUCUAAUCCAGUGGUGUACAGCAUACAAUUGAGUAGCACCAAAACGUCAAUAAGAAGUCGUGGCAUCGUUCUGAUUCCUCUACAAACUUCUUUGCAUCCAGCGUCUCCCAAGAGCAAGUGUCGCUGCAUAAUCUGUAUCUCACAUAAAGUUUUUAGAACUAGGACGAUGCUGCUCUGCUUCCAAAAAUCUAAACGGUUGAUUAGAUCAUAUUUUUAUUAUCACUGUAAACUCUCCUUCUUUUGGUUCCUCAUCCAAUGAUAUUAUCAUCUUCCUAUCUUCCGUGGUAAAUCUCUUGGGAAACUAACGACCUCAUAAAGAUGUAGAUAUCGACAAAACUAACGACCAUUUCGAUAUCUACAUCGUUAGUUCCGUGGUAAAUCUCUUGGGAAAAUUACACCAUCAUAACAUGUGCUCAAGAAAUAGAAAAAGAUCUGUGAGAUUUAUGUUAACUACUUGCAACUUAGCAUUGCCUUGGGUGUUGAGUGGCCGGGGUGACUUGAGAAGGCAUAAUCCAGAUACUGUAAUUUUUCAGAUUUUUACCAAAAAUGGCUACGGAUGAGACACAGCUUCUGAUUUCAAUCUUCCACUUAAACUUAGAGCACUAACUUAUGACGCCACAUUAUGCCACAUUAUGCCACAUUAUGCCACAUUAUAACAUAGGAGGCAAUAUAUUGGGAUUUGAUUAGUCACAUCAAUAUUCCCAGAAGUCUGCUGACAUGACUCGGAUCAAGGAUUCCUGUCUAAUCCAUCAAGAGCUGGGGAUUGGAGAUUUUUUUUAUUUUUUUAUUUUUUUAUUUUGGGGGGGGGAGGGGGGGGGGGGCAGGAGUCACAAGAAAGUGGGAGAAUGUGGUUGCACGGUGGGUAAGAGUGGGGCACGUUUUAUGAUUCAUAGUGGCAACUAAUCCGGUUCUUUUUCUCCAAUCUUGAAAAAUGGGAUUUUAGAGUGGUAUUUCUAAGGGGAGGAAAAAAAGUAUUCUGAUGCAAUAUAUGAGAGGAGACAAGACAAAUGGUGUAUGAGUUUUGGGAGUGAUUCUACGUUUCAUCUUCUCAUUCUUAAUCAUUGGGUUCUUGUGCAUUUCCAGCAUCUACUUUCAUCCUCGAUGGACAAGACAGUCAGACUGUGGCACAUGUCAAGUAAUUCUUGUUUGAAGAUUUUCUCACAUAGUGACUAUGGUAUAUAAAACUGCACUUUGGUCCAGAUCUCGUUUCUAAUAUCUACUCUGAUAUUGUCGACAGACGUAUAGCAUGAACAAUCUUACUCUUGGUGUCUGCAGUGACCUGCAUCCAAUUCAACCCGGUUGAUGACAACUACUUUAUCAGUGGAUCUUUGGAUGCAAAAGUUCGCAUAUGGAGUAUCAGAGAUCGUCAAGUUGUUGACUGGAAUGAUCUGCGUGAGAUGAUCACUGCCGUUUGCUACAGACCCGAUGGCCAGGUAUUAACUAUGCUGAACGUUCUCCCGAUUUUUCUAUUUUGUCAUUCUUUUUCUGUUCUUAGUGCAGCUCCCCGAUCCUCCGCUACCCUAACAUUUUUAAGAAAGCUGAUACAUAUUUCUCUUCCUUUCCGAAGGGUGCAUUGGUGGGUUCGCACAAGGGAAGCUGCCAUUUAUAUGACACAUCAGGUAGAGCCAAUCACUCGUACAAUAAAGAAUAUCUUUUACUCGAUUAAUACUUUUCAGGUAAGGCCGAUUGGAUCCCAUGGUUUCUGUCGUCAUUUUACCUUGUUCAUUCUCCUCAGAGAAUAAGCUGCAGCAGAGGAGGCAGAUUAACCUGCAGAACAAGAAGAAGAGAUCCCACCACAAGAAAAUAACUGGAUUUCAGGUACCCAGCUGAUGGGCGAAUCUAAGAUCUACCACUGGCGUACCUAAUCGCAUGAUCUGUACCCUUUAAAUCCCGUCGUUCUGAUUAAUUUUUACUGUACAGUUUGCUCCGGGGAGCUCGUCAGAGGUUCUCGUUACAUCCGCAGACUCACGGAUCCGAGUUAUCGACGGUCUCGAUUUGGUUCAUAAAUUCAAAGGUGAAAACAUAACCCAGCAUUUUUUAUUAUAUGAUUUCUUGGGCAACUGUUCUAGGAAUCCUCUUGGCUGGCGUUACAAUUCUUAGAACUCCAUCCUCGCCGCAGCAGGCAUCCGGAACACCAGCAGCCAGAUUGCGGGGUCCUUCACUGCGGAUGGGGAAUACGUGAUCUGCCCCAGCGAGGACUCCCACGUUUGCGUGUGGAGGUACGACUCCGGCUCGCGGGCGAGUAGGAGAAGAUCCGGCGUCGGCGUCACGCAGUCGCACGAGCACUUCCACUGCAGGGACGUGUCCGCGGCGGUUGCCUGGCCAGUCGCCGGCUGUUCUAAAACGCUGCUUCAAGCGCUGGGCGGCCAUCGCCGUGAGCAGGCUCCUCCAAGUGCCAAGAUGCAGCAGGUUGUGGACGAGCCCAGCCAGCAGCGGGUCUUCCCCAGCGAGAAGGUCGACCAAUUCACCGAGAGGGUUUCUGCAACGUGGCCGGAGGAGAAGCUGCUUGUUGCAGCGGGCGGGAAGGAGGGCCUCCGGAGUAGCGGAGGUUUCAGCGGUGGGGAGGUGCAGCUGAGGAGCAGAUCAGCGUGGGGGAUGGUGGUUGUGACCGCUGGCCGUGGCGGCGAAAUCAGAAUAUUUCAGAAUUUUGGAUGCCCGUCGCGGAUCUGA